AUAUAUGUAGAUGUACUACUGUUGAUAUCUCAGUGGACAGGAUGGCCAGCGCUGGCUCUGGGACUCUGGAGCAUCUUCAGCAUGUCUGAGGUCCUGACGGUGGACGCGGUUCUCUUCGGCCUGCUGGUGUUCUCUGGUAUCAUUGGAAACAUCAUGGUCAUCUAUGUGGUGUUUGACUGUGCUAAAUUGUGCGCCUCUCGCCACCUGCCGCCGUCUGACACCAUCCUGGUGCACCUGUGUCUGGCUAACCUGCUGACGUCAGUGUUCCGCACGGUGCCGAUCUUCGUGUCGGACCUGGGCCUGCAGGUGUGGCUGACGGCGGGCUGGUGCCGCGUCUUCAUGCUGCUGUGGGUGUGGUGGCGGGCGGUGGGCUGCUGGGUCACCUUGGCUCUCAGCGCCUUCCACUGCGCCACCCUGCGUCGCCAGCAUGUCUCCAUGGGGCCGCUGGGUCACUCGCGGGAGCGUCGCCGCGUCUGGGUCGUCCUGGCGGUGGUGUGGGCUGCAAACCUGCUGUUCUCGCUGCCGGCGCUGGUCUACACCACACAGGUGCGUGGGAACGCUACGGUGGAGCUGAUGGUGAUUAGCUGCACCACACGCCCCCUGCUGGGCUGCGUCUGGGAGUUUCCCACCUUCCAGCAGGGCUAUGCCUUCGCCUCCUCCUCGCUGGCACUUAAUGAAGUGCUGCCGCUGGUGCUGAUGGUGGGCACCAAUCUGGCAACCCUGCAGGCACUGGGCAAACACAUCCGGACGGUGAGGGCGGGCGGCAGCACGGGGGCGGAGCUGGACCGGCACGUGUCCAGCGAGAGGAAGGCGGGUCACGUCAUCAUGGCUCUGGUGGCACUGUUCGUGGGCUGCUGGGUCCUGCAGGUCGCCGCCGUCACCUACUACAACCACAACCGCGGCGCUCACGCUGAGGGGCUGCUGACCGUGGCGCAUUUCUCUGCGUCGCUGUUCGUGGGCUUCAGUCCGCUGGUGGUUGCGCUUGGACACGGUAAGCUGCGGCGGAGGAUCAGCGGGAUCCUGCAGAGCUGCAUGCACCGGCUCAAACAGACACAAGACAAACCAGCAGAAAUCACGGAGAAAGACGGACGAACAACACAGAGUGCCAUGAAAUAACGACCCCAUGUAGCAUUGAAUUUAAGAUUCUUCGCAAUUGAUGGCGAGUCAAAUGAUUGUGUAAAUUUUCAACAGAGAGUCAGAGAGUGUGUGAGAGAGAGUGUGUGUGUGUGUGAAUGACGCAGCAUGUCUAAUAGCUCAUUGUUAGCCUCCUCCACAAAUAUUUCUGAGAAUGUUGGGUAAUCCUCAUUGGUGCAGCACAUCCAGUUUACAGAGAGGAAUAAACUGCCACUACAUCUGCAGCCCAAAUUGUACACUAUGCACUAUGCACUUACACACUCCACAGUAUAGGAUAUGUAUGUAGUGUCGUCAUAAAUGGAACACUAAUGUUUCUUUACUAAGCGAAAAGUCAAAACCGUUUCCAGGAUGACGUUUGAUGGUUGCCAAAUUAGCUAAAUAAAUGACCAAAUACUACAUAUGACCACAUUCACCAUUGGGAGGCGCUAUAAUCACUCUCAUUUAGGGUUGGGUAACAAAACCCAGUGCCAUUAUAGCACCGGUACCUUUGGAAUCGGUAUGCACCGGACUGAAUCAGCAUAUGAAUUUCAGUGCCUAAUUCCGGUGCAACUGGUGCUGCAACAAGAACGUAUGCCAUGCGUUUUAGAUUUCGCAAGUCGGCGGCUGUCCGUGGUGCCCAGCCACGACUAAUGACUGUUCAUAUUUCUGCAGUGCCACAGAGCACCAUCAGGAUAGUUUCGUUUUAAAUAACAUGCGAAUGUGCACGUCUGUUGUGUGAUGCCAUCAACUGUCAUGUGCGCGUCGUGCCGCGGCUCUGAGCGGCGCAUCCAGUGUGUGACGUCCUUAAGAAGCAUCAAGGGGUGCAUCAAAGGCACACAUAGGUAAGCGUUGUGUCACACCAUCUCUAAAUGUUUAAUUCUAAACAGGUUUGAGGGACACUGAUGUCAGCGAUGUCAGGCGUUUGUUAUUGUAGCUUGAAGAGGGCUUAGCGCGCAGUACAGCACAUGCGGUGAGCGACUCCCUUCAUCAACACGUACGAUCGCGUUCAUCUAAUUAACACAAAAAUGCAACAGUCUAUUAACCACAUCAUGUUUCAUAGUCAUUUAUUAAAUUAAUUACAAUUUAAUAUAAAAAUUAAAGGCUGAUCAAUUAUAAUGACUAAUAUAUCAACACAACCUCACGGCAAUUCGUAACUUUUUCAUUUAGUGGCUAAUUCGUAUGAAUUCGUACAAUCUAACUCGUAUAAUUUCGUACGAUUUGCUCAUCCCCCAAUGACGGUUGGGGUAAGGGGUGGGGUUAGGUGCCACGCCUCCUUUUUCGUACGAAUUCGUACAAAUUAGCCACUAAACUGGCAAAACGUAAAAUACUUACGUUUUCUCAUGAGAUCAGGCUGAAUAUAUAUAUAUUUUGUCAAAUAAUUUUGUGUCUAUAAAGUAUCAGUUCAGGCCCUGUUUUGGCACUGGUACUGCUUUAAAAGUAUCAAUUUAGCACCGGUAUCGAAAUAACCCCAAACUAUACCCAACCCUACUCUCAUAGGAGAAUACUGCUUUCACAAUCCAAAAUAAAUUAAGCAAGCCAACAUGAGCACCCGAUUGCUCUGUCCUUUCCAACAAUCCACUCUUGAUUUUACAGAAUGAAUGAGUGCAUCAUCCGGGUAACUAAAGUGCACUAUUCUUAGAGUUUUCAAUGUGAAUGCACUACUGACACUAUUUAUACUACAAAAUGGCGUAGAAUAGUGCAUGAGUAUGCAAUUUGGGACGCACCUUAUGGCAGCUGUAGCUACUAUAGUUUCUAAUGUUUAAGUGAAGCGCAUUUAUUUCAGCUUGUGAUCAAAACUGACUGGAACUACCUUUGUUUGCUGCCUAAAUUGUUAUUGAAUUACCUGUUCAAGAUGUUCAUCUGUCUCCCAACUCUUCUUUUAGAGUAUAACCCAUGCGGCAUUAAACCGUCUGUCAAAAUCAAAUAAAGGCUGAGACAUGGUUUUACAUGA